GCAAUACAUAGAUGAGUGUGUUGUAUUUGAAAUAAAACUUUAAUUUUAACAUUAGAAUAGAAUAGUACUGCUCUGCUCUGGUCGGACGGUCGAUCGUUCGGUAUUUGUUAAUAAAUUUCUAGGCGGCUUGAUUUUACACGCUCUUUUACGUUACAAUUAUUUAAAUGAUCGUAUUUUGAAUGGAGACGAGAUAGUUCAAUUUCAAUUAAUAAUUCAAAUCAAUCAAUUCAUUAAUUGUUGAAACGCGAACGUAUAUUGUGGUGCACUACUCUAAAAAAAAAAUUUUAAAUUAUAAAACAUCAACAUUACAAUUACAAUAUUCUUAAUGUAAUUUUCAAAUAAUUUUUUAACAUCUGCACAAAAUUUGUUAAAUAAAGGAAGCAACUAAAAUAAUUAAUUUUCAAAAUUGUUUAUGGCGUUUUUAGUUGUUUUGAGAUAAAGAAAAAUAUAUACAACAAUAUUUGUACAAAAACUGUAUAAAAGUGUUUAAAUGUGUUGAACAAAUUUUCAAAUAACAAUAGUUCGAAUACAACAUUUUAGCUUAAAGGAGGUAGUAACUAACUGCAAUAUUGCAAAAAUAUGAGCCGUCCCAUUGAUAUACUCUUAGGCCGCGUACGUGGCCACCAAAGAGCACCCUCUGAUUCCAAAGAGUUUCAUGAAUUAACUAAACGUGAUGCUUUGCGUUUGUUGGAAAAUGAUUUGGAUAGACUUUUGCAAACGGUUGAGCCCGAAAGCCGUCCACCAUUGCAACAGGAAAUGACACGCUUUUCCGAUUUGUUUGGACGUUUUCUGCAAGAAGAGGGUCCAUCCAUUGAUUGGAAUAAAAUUCAAAAGUUACCUGCUAAUGCUGUCAUGGAUUAUGGUUCUCUAAAAUCUCCCAAAAAUGAACAGAUACGUGCUAUGUUGGGUAAAUUGGUUGUUAUCAAACUUAAUGGUGGUCUGGGUACCUCAAUGGGUUGUCAUGGACCCAAAAGUGUUAUACCUGUACGUUCUGAUUUAACUUUCUUGGAUUUGACAGUACAACAAAUUGAGCACUUAAAUAAAACCUAUGAUGCCAAUGUUCCCUUAGUUCUUAUGAAUUCCUUUAACACCGAUGAGGAUACCGAAAAGAUUGUACGCAAAUACAAGGGUUUCCGUGUACAAAUCCAUACCUUCAAUCAGAGUUGUUUCCCACGCAUUAGUCGUGAAUCUUUCCUACCCAUUGCCAAAGAUUUUGAUGUGGAAAAAGAUAUUGAUGCCUGGUAUCCCCCUGGUCACGGUGAUUUCUAUGACACCUUCCGCUCUUCGGGCUUGUUGAAACAGUUCAUUGGUGAGGGCCGUGAAUAUUGUUUCUUGUCCAAUAUUGAUAACCUUGGUGCCACUGUUGAUUUGAAUAUUUUGAAUAAAUUGUGCGGCGAAGACCGUCCAGAUAAGCCCGCCGAAUUUGUUAUGGAGGUUACCGAUAAGACAAGAGCUGAUGUUAAGGGUGGUACUUUAAUUCAAUUCGAGGAUAAAUUGAGACUCUUGGAAAUUGCUCAAGUUCCUAAAGAACAUGUUGAUGACUUCAAGUCGGUCAAAACAUUCAAGUUUUUCAACACCAACAAUAUUUGGGCGAAUUUGAAUGCCAUUGAUCGUGUACUUAACGAACGUACCCUCAACUUGGAAAUCAUUAUCAAUAACAAAACCUUGGAGAAUGGUUUACGUGUUAUACAAUUGGAGACCGCUGUAGGUGCUGCCAUGAAAUGUUUCGAUGGUUCUAUUGGUAUCAAUGUGCCACGUUCACGUUUCUUGCCCGUGAAAAAGACCUCCGAUUUAUUGUUGGUCAUGUCCAAUUUAUACAAUUUGAAAAAUGGCAGUUUGGUUAUGUCGCCACAACGUAUGUUCCCCACCACACCCUUGGUGAAAUUGGGUGAAAAUCAUUUUGCCAAAGUCAAAGAGUUCCUAGGACGUUUUGCCAAUAUACCCGAUAUCAUAGAAUUGGAUCAUUUGACUGUGUCCGGUGAUGUUACUUUUGGUCGGGGAGUGUCUUUAAGAGGCACUGUUAUUAUCAUUGCCAAUCAUGGUGAUCGUAUUGAUAUACCAGCUGGUGCCAUUUUAGAAAAUAAAAUUGUCUCCGGUAAUAUGCGUAUCUUGGAUCAUUAAGAGUCAGUCAACUUUAAACUAAGGAAUGGGAAAAGAAAGCUUUAAUACAAGCUUUACAUUUAUUUAAUAAACGAUAGUCGUUUUUUGAACUAACCGCCAACACCUCUUAUACUAAAAAUUAAAAUCUUACUAAAAGUAUAUGUACACAAGUUUUCCAUUUUCCUUUAUCUAUUUUUUUUUAUUUGUAAUUCUAAAAUAUUUUAAGUAGAAAAUGUUGUUCUUUUUUUAUUUUAUAUUUUUUAGUUGCUUAUUACUUUUUUUUAUCUAAAAGAUAAAUUAAUCAUGCUAGUCCAUAAUUGAUUUAUUUUCAUUUAUUAUAUACCAUAUAAAUUAUACUGCUAAUAUUUUCUUUAUUAUGUAUAUUUUUCUUUACGAUUUUAGUAGUUUAUUUUAAGCCUUAUUUUUAAAAUUUUAUUAUUUCUUUCUAAUUGCGCAAAUAUUAUUACAAUGUUAAAUUAAAAAAUUUGAAAACAUAACUAAUGUUAUUACUCCUCACAAUUGUUUAUUAAGAAAAAAAAUCAUAUUACAAAUUUAUAUGUAGUUGUAUACAAGUUUUUUGUGAAAACAAAAUGGCAAUAAAAUGUAUAGUUGUUUUUAAUUAGAGAAAAAAAAAUAA